AUGGAGGGUCAUCGUGGACGUGGUCGCAACGGGCAGGUUCCGAAUGAGGAAGCCCAAUACUGUGACCGUAAUAUCCAGGAUGUAAUGAUGAUUGAAGAUUUGCAGAAGCAAGUUGCAGAAUUAACCCAACGUCUGGCAGCACGGGAUUUUAAAGAUCGUGAGAUCUCUGAUCGUAACUCUGAGUCCACUUUUGAGAAUUCAUAUCACCAUCGUACUACGUAUCGAGAACACUGUGGUCGAGAGAAACGAUAUGGGGACUUUAGUUUCCGAGUUGAUCUUUCUGAUUUUUUUGGCACAUUACAAGUGGAAGGUUUCAUUGAUUGGCUCAACAAAGUAGAGAGGAUUUUCAAGUACAAGGAAGUACCUGAUUACGUCAAAGUAAAAUUGGUCGUUAUCAAGUUCAAAGGUCGAGCCUCAACAUGGUGGGAGCAACUUCGGCGAUCACGAGAAAGACAAAGUAAAUCCAAAAUCACCGAUUGGGAAACAUUGAAAAAAUUGAUGAGAACCCACUUUCUUCCCUUUGACUACACGCAAACGUUGUUUCAACGGCUCCAUACAUUGAGGCAAGGGACUAGAACCGUCGACGAUUAUACGGAGGAAUUCUAUCAACUUAUUGCUAGAAAUGAUCUAUCUGAGACUGAGGAGCAAACGACAGCGCGAUAUUUAGCGGGAUUACGACAACCCUUGCAAGAUUCCCUGAGCCUCCACUCACUCUGGACUAUUUCAGAGGUUUAUCAGCGAGCUUUGACAGUUGAAAGACAAUUAAACCGUAGACCAACAAAUAAAAACGAUCAAAACAAUCGAGUUGUUCGCCCUCAGGAAUUGCACCCUUCCCAGCAGCCAUCACAAGGUAACUCUAAGACCUCUAUCAAGUGUUUUCGAUGUGGUGAACUGGGCAUUGAGCUUCAGAUUGUAAAAGAUCCCUAA